AUGUAUGCCAUGUUCCACACCUCUAAUGCCCCACCUCUUCAAGGAAGGGAGAGGGAAAUGCGUUUUCUUGAGUCCAUGCUUCUUGGUCAUUAUAAUUACUUACAAGCUUCAUAUGUUUAUACAGACAGAAAUGCUGCUGUUGGAGACGAAUAUAGACAAUCUCAUGUUGUCCCUUAUGUCCUUCAUGAUAGUCUAGAAAUGGAUUCUAAAGGAGUUAUCCUGAAUGCAUUUGAACGCUUUCGCUUAAAAACUUGCAUUGACUUUAAACCCAGGGAAGAGGAAGAAGACUAUAUUUUAUUUUACAAAGGAAAAGGGUGCUUUUCUUAUUUGGGAAAUAAACGUUUUGGCCAGCAGCUACUUUCCAUAGGAGACCAUUGCAGCAAAGUUGGUUCAGUUCAAAACCAGCUCUUAUAUCUCCUUGGAUUCUAUCAUCAGCAGGCCCGUUCAGAUCGAGAUGACUAUAUUAUAAUAAUGGAGGACAGAAUUAAGCCAGACACUGAGAUUAAUUUUGAAGGUGCUAAUGAGGAGGAAUUAGAUUCCCUGAAUGAUCCCUAUGACUAUAAAUUUAUGAUGUACUACAGCAAAAAUGCCUUCCAAAAAGGGACAGAACUUACAAUUGUAGAAAGAAUCCCUAACUUUAUGGAUGUGAUUGGACAACGAAUAGAUUUCAGUGAUUAUGACCUUGAAAAAUUGAAUCAACUCUACAACUGCUCUUCUUCCAAAACCUUUAUGGAUUCAUGUGAUUUUGAUCAGGAAGAUAUCUGUGGCAUGAUUCAAAGUUCAGAAGACAAUGCUGACUGGCAGAGAGUUUCACAGGUACCUGGCGGGCCUGAUACUGAUCAGACAUACCUGGGCAAGUGCAAAGGCUGCAGUUUCUUCAUGCACUUUAACAGCAGCUCUGUGAAGGAAGGGGAAAAGGCAGUCCUGCAAAGCAGAUUAUUUCACCCUAGGAGAGCAUUUCAGUGCCUGCAGUUUUAUUAUUACAACGGUGGUAACAAAAACGACCAGCUCAAGAUCUAUGUCAGGGAGCAUACUUCAGCCAAUUUGAAUGACUCUCUUACUCUGGUGCAUGAAGUGAAAGAUCCACCCAUUGGGAAUUGGGAACUCUAUUAUGUGCCAUUGAAUGUUACCAAAAAGUUCAGGGUGGUAUUUGAAGGAACUCGAGGUUUUGGCACAUCAGCUGGUGGUCUCUCCAUUGAUGAUCUCAACCUCUCAGAAACACAGUGUCCUCAACACAUCUGGAAGAUAAGCAAUUUUACAAAACUCAAUAGCUCAAGGGAAAUAAUUUUUAGCCCUCCAUUUUACUCUCCUAAAGGCUAUGCUUUUCAGGUUCAUUUGAAUUUAACAAAUGAGGAUAAGAUAGGGAUAUAUUUCUCUCUGAUCUCUGGAGCCAAUGAUGAAUAUUUAGAGUGGCCGUGUCCAUGGCAACAAGCCACGGUAACCCUAUUGGAUCAAAAUCCUGAUAUUCGUCGGUCCAUGUCCCACCAGAGGAGUGUGACUACAGAUCCAUUUAAGAAAAUUGAAAAUAGUAGUGAAACCUUUUUUUGGGAUAAGCCCUCCAAAGUAGGAGUGACAGCAACUUUCCCUAAUGGAACAUCAUACAGUAGAGGUCCAGCAUUUGGAAUCAAAGACUACAUAAUCCACAAAUGGAUGCAAAGAAGAGAUUUUGCCAAAGGAGAUAAUGUUUACAUUCUUUUGACAGUGGAUGAUAUAUCACAUCUCCGUUCCAAUAAAUCAUCACAUAUCCCUCUAAAGAUGCCAACUCUUCAAAGAGAUUCUGGCGCAGAUCUCUGUGAAAAUUUCCACUGUGAGAAUGAUGGUGUCUGUGUUAUCUACAAGGACAAAGCAGAAUGCAGGUGUCGAUCAUUGAAAGACUUGUGGUUCGUUGGAGAAAAAUGUCAGAUACAGAUGUUUGCCUCGCUUCAAAGUACAGUAGAGGCUUUAUUCCUUGUAACUUCAUUUGCUGUUGCAGUUGUAGCAUCUCUUUUGUCUUUCUAUUAUGGUAAGAAGAAAUAUGGGAGGAGGAAAAAUGCCAGGACAUCAAAUAUGACCAUAGAAAAUGUAAGUAUGCAAUAUGUAAUACAAUAAUGUAACGGAGCAAAAAUAUUCAAAGAAAGCCAUUUGCUGAGUCAUUAUAAUAACAAAACUUGAUCCCAGAGAAUAAAUAAUGAAAUAUGUACCCUUUUUUGUGGCAGAGAGGUAUGACAGAGAGCAUUAUGGGGCAGAAAGUUGCAUGUUGUCGUUAUAAUAUUCACUUUUCUUUAUCUGGUUUUCUUUGUUAUAAGGGUGUUGAAUUCUGAAUUGACACCCAUACCCACAUAUAUAAUGAUAUGAAAAUAACAGUUAUUGGUUGAGCUUAUUUUAUUUUAUUUUUACCUUCCAUGUUAGAAUCAAUACAAAGUAUUGGUUCUAAGACAGAAGAAUGAGAAGGACUAGGCAAUAUGGAUUAAGUGACUUGCCCAGGGUCACAUAGUUAGCAAGUACCUGAAGCCAAAUUUGAAGUCAGGACCCCUGGUCUUUUUGCCUGGCUCUUAAUCGCCUGAGCCUGAACUUAUUUUUAAAAAGAAAGACAGAGGUUAUAUGUACUACACAUAGUAGAUAAGCACAGGGCUCUAAGGAUUUCUUUCUACCAUCUUCAAUUUAUUUUUCUUCUAUAUGUAAGAAGUAUUGACAAUUACUAUUAUUAUCUUCAUUUUACAAAAGAAAAAAAACGGAGACAAACAAAGGUUCAAUGACUUAUCCAGGACUUAUUAAAGACUUAUCCAGAUACAACCAAUAAGUGUCUGAAUCUAGAUUUGAACUCAGGUCUUCUUGACUCCAGACCCAGUGCUCUAUCUUCUGUAUCACUGAGAUAUCUCUUAAGGGUUUGAGAUGUGUUCAUAUUAACUAACUAGUGUCAAAGAGGAUUUGAAUCAGAUUUUCCUGACCUAAUGCCUAGCACUCUUGAUAUUAUUAAAAAUGUUUAUAAUGUAAAGUUCUUAGUUGUU